AUGAAGGAGACUCUAAGGUAUUUGGCUGGAAUUGCAGGGCAAAGUGGGUAUGGCUCUAAAUCCACUGCAGAGCAAGUUACUCAACAUUCUCACUUUUCUUCUCCUUUGACUGCAAUUAUAACUGGGGCAACAUCAGGAAUUGGAGAAGAAACAGCAAGAGUGAUGGCAAAGAGAGGGGUGAGAAUAGUGAUAGCAGCGAGAGACCUGAAGAAGGCAGCAAAAGUGAAAGAGAGGAUCAAAAGAGAAAGUGCAGAAGCAGAAAUUUUAGUGUCAGAGAUAGACCUCAGCUCCUUGGCUUCUGUGAGGAGAUUCUGUGUGGACUUUGCAGCUUCAGGGCUACCACUCAACAUUCUCAUAAACAAUGCUGGAGUUUUCUCUCCAAAUUUGGAGUAUUCCGACGACAAGUUUGAAUUGACAUUUGCUACUAAUUAUUUGGGGCAUUACCUUCUGACAGAGAUGCUUUUAGACAAUUUGAUAGAAACAUCAAAGAGAACAGGAAUCCAAGGAAGAAUAAUAAACGUCUCUUCUGUUGUCCACUGUUGGGUGAAGAAAGAUGGCCUCUGCUUCACUCACCUGCUCAACCCAAACAAAUACAAUGCCACGCUUGCUUAUGCUCAGUCAAAACUAGCUUGCAUUUUACAUGCCAAAGAGGUGGCUAGGCAGUUGAAGGAAAGAGCAGCCAAUGUAACAGUUAAUGCACUGCAUCCAGGAAUUGUAAAGACUGCAAUUAUCAGAGCCCAUGGAGGAUUUAUCACAGAUUCUCUGUUCUUCAUGGCAUCAAAGUUGCUGAAGUCUAUUCCUCAGGGUGCGGCUACAACAUGCUAUGUGGCUCUAAACCCACAAACAGAGAGAAAAACAGGGAAAUAUUUUUCAGAUUGUAAUGAGACCAAGUGUUCAGCUCUAGCCAAUAAUGAGUUAGCAGCACGAAAGCUGUGGAUGCAAACUCGUGCCCUUAUUCACAGGCAACUUGGUGAAACAGCUUCAGCUUAAAGAUUUUGCUUUCUAUUUCAUCAUCAGUAACUUUUAAACCACCAGAGAACAGUAUAUAUAAAUCUGUGCAUUUGUAAACGAACAGCGACCCGAGACAAGAAUAAGAUGUUAUAAUAAAUUAGGCCAUUUUCUUGAACAAA